UUCUCCAUCUAUAAACCAGAGCCACAAGCAAGCUUUUCCGUGGACACCUCCAGGCCGUGGAAACUUUCCCAUGGCGUUUCUCCUUUCAUUUGUCAAAUUAGUCCAAACUAUUUUGUCCCCUUUAUUUUCACUCCUUUAUUCCUGAAAAAAAAGCCUGCUAUCUUUCUUGAACAGAUGGCAAAAUUUACUCUUAAAGCAGAGAACUUUUGUUUUCUCUCUCACAGCACCAACACAAACACCUCAUUCUUCAACAAUUCCCGUAAAGCACCGAAACUUGCAUUUAAUCGAAACUUGCAUUUAAUUCCCUCUAACCGAAGAUUGAAGUUCAGGGUUUUGUGUAGCUUGAAAGAAAAGGAGAAUGUUAAAGAAAGCGACAGGGUGCCCGAAGUUCUUACUGGAUUGCGAGUGGAUGAAUUGGAUACAGAUACUGAGACUCAAUCGAGGUCUACAGAACUGGGUUUUGAUUGGAAUUGGUCGCAAUGGAAGAAUAUUCCUAGAUAUAAAAGAUAUAAACUUAUUGGCACUACUUCACUUGCCUUUGUUAUAUGUAAUAUGGAUAAGGUAAACUUGAGUAUUGCAAUUAUUCCAAUGUCUCAUCAGUUUGGGUGGAAUGCAUCAGUCGCUGGGCUAGUGCAGUCAUCCUUCUUCUGGGGGUACGCGCUGAGUCAAUUACCAGGUGGUUGGCUAUCUAAGAUAUUUGGUGGCAGUAAAGUUCUUCAGAUUGGGGUAUUGUCUUGGUCCGUGGCGACAGCACUUGUUCCUUUGCUGGCCGGAUUUAUGCCUGGACUUAUCUUGUCAAGGAUUUUGGUUGGAAUAGGAGAAGGUGUUUCUCCAUCCGCUGCGACUGAUCUUAUUGCCAGGUCAAUACCUUUGGAAGAGCGCUCAAGGGCUGUAGCAUUUGUAUUUGGCGGACUAAGUGUAGGAAGUGUUACAGGGCUUCUUUUCGCUCCUCCGCUCAUUCAAAAUGUUGGUUGGGAAUCUGUGUUUUAUACUUUCGGCCUUCUCGGGAUAGCUUGGUUUUUGACAUUUCAGUUUCUUCAAGAGAAUCAAGAUUCACAUGCAGCUGUGACCACAUCAAGGCCCCAGUCUAUGUAUUUGGGAAAAUCAUGGAAUAGUUCUCUUGCAAAAUUGGGUGGCUCACUGAAGGAGGUACCAUGGAGGGCAUUUUUGCGGAAUCAAGCUGUGUGGGCAAUGAUAUAUGCCCAUUUUUGUGGAAGCUGGGGUCAUUAUACUUGUUUAUCUUGGCUUCCUUCUUAUUUUAGUGAGGAGCUGAACUUAAAUUUGACAGAAGCUGCAUGGGUAUCAAUUCUUCCUCCUUUGGCUUCAAUUUUUGUGACUAGCAUCGCUUCACAGUUAGCCGACAACUUAAUUGCCAAUGGAGUUGAAACCACUACGGUGCGAAAGAUUUGUCAGACAAUUGCCUUUUUGUCUCCUGCCAUUUGCAUGACUCUCUCCUCUGUAGAUCUAGGACUGCCACCCUGGGAAAUUGUCGGAAUUCUAACUGGUGGCUUGGCCCUCUCAAGCUUUGCUUUGUCUGGACUAUACUGUACACAUCAAGAUAUGUCUCCUGAAUAUGCAAGUAUAUUGUUGGGCAUUACAAACACUGUUGGAGCAAUACCUGGAAUCAUUGGUGUUGCGUUGACCGGUUAUCUUCUUGAUACAACCCAUUCGUGGAGUAUAUCAUUGUUUGCACCAUCAAUCUUCUUCUAUUUGACCGGUACGAUCGUAUGGUUGGCAUUUGCAAGCAGUAAGCCUCAAAACUUUUCCAACACAGAUUGACUUGGAUCCUGAGUUUAGCUUGUUUUCUUUGCAAUCAAACUGGAGAAAGCAGCAUUCAGGAUGUUACUAAUUUUAUUUCUUCCACUACUUUUGGUGGAAACUGACCACAACCCUCACUAACUAGCCUUGUUUUGUAAAUCUACAUAUAUAUACCCAAAAAAGAGAAAAAGGAAAUCCUUGAACCUGAUUCCACAUGUAUUUUUAUCGCAAUUCCAUUUGUAUUUGAUAGAUAGGUUUUUACAUAGUUUUUUGAUUAAGUGGUGAUAGUUGGCCAGCAAAAAAUAUGUAUGAAACAUGAUAAUGACCUGUUGUGCAUUAUAUUAGAAAGAACUUGCAUGAAGUUUCAAUAAGGAAUGAAAGUUAUAUUUGCUUAUA